AUGGGAAAGGAGAAGGCUCACUGUGAAGCGGUGGUCGUCAUCCAGGCCGAGUCUGGUGUUAACGUCGUCGUCAUCGGACACGUCGACUCUGGUAAGUCGACCACCACCGGUCACUUGAUCUACAAGUGCGGUGGUAUCGACAAGCGUACCGUCGAGAAGUUCGAGAAGGAGGCCGCCGAGCUCGGCAAGGGUUCCUUCAAGUACGCCUGGGUCCUCGACAAGCUGAAGGCUGAGCGUGAGCGUGGUAUCACCAUCGACAUUGCUCUCUGGAAGUUCGAGACCCCCAAGUACAUGGUCACCGUCAUCGACGCCCCCGGCCACCGUGACUUUAUCAAGAACAUGAUCACCGGUACCUCGCAGGCCGACUGCGCCAUCCUCAUCAUCGCCGGUGGUACCGGUGAGUUCGAGGCUGGUAUCUCCAAGGACGGCCAGACCCGCGAGCACGCCCUGCUCUCGUUCACCCUCGGUGUCCGCCAGCUCAUCGUCGCCGUCAACAAGAUGGACACCACCAAGUACUCCGAGGACCGCUUCAACGAGAUUGUCAAGGAGACCUCCAACUUUAUCAAGAAGGUCGGCUACAACCCCAAGACCGUCGCCUUCGUCCCCAUCUCCGGCUGGCACGGCGACAACAUGAUCGAGCCCACCAAGGAGAUGGCCUGGUACAAGGGCUGGGAGCGCGAGACCAAGGCCGGCAAGGUCACCGGCAAGACCCUCCUCGACGCCAUCGACGCCAUCGAGCCCCCCUCGCGCCCCACCGACAAGCCCCUCCGCCUGCCCCUCCAGGACGUCUACAAGAUCGGCGGUAUCGGAACUGUGCCCGUCGGCCGUGUCGAGACCGGCGUCAUCAAGGGCGGCAUGGUCGUCACCUUUGCCCCCUCCAACGUCACCACCGAGGUCAAGUCGGUCGAGAUGCACCACGAGGUCCUCUCCGAGGGUCUCCCCGGCGACAACGUCGGCUUCAACGUCAAGAACGUCUCCGUCAAGGACAUCCGCCGCGGCAACGUCUGCUCCGACUCGAAGAACGACCCCGCCAUGGAGGCCGCCUCCUUCCUCGCCCAGGUCAUCGUCAUGAACCACCCCGGCCAGAUCGGCAACGGCUACGCCCCCGUCCUCGACUGCCACACCGCCCACAUUGCCUGCAAGUUCAACGAGAUCACCGAGAAGAUCGACCGCCGUACCGGCAAGUCCAUCGAGAACAACCCCAAGUUCAUCAAGUCCGGCGACGCCGCCCUCGUCAACAUGGUCCCCACCAAGCCCAUGUGUGUCGAGUCCUUCCAGCAGUACCCCCCUCUUGGUCGCUUCGCCGUCCGCGACAUGCGCCAGACGGUCGCCGUCGGUGUCAUCAAGGAGGUCAACAAGACCUCCGGCAAGGGUGGCAAGACCACGAAAGCGGCCGAAAAGGCUGGCAAGAAGAAUCUGGUCGAUCGUCAAUUCGAACGCCUGCUGCAGAUUCUCUGGAUUCCGGCUGCUGAGGCUGCCGAGCUCUUGCAGCAUCGGCCACACAUCGAGGCCGCGCAAGUGUCACAGCUGCGCGGCAAGGAUGCCAAGCUCGACGAGGAGUUUGAGACCGUUCGCGCCAUUGUAUCACCUCGGCACCGUCCAGCUGGCGCCCUGCAUGCGAACUCGGUGGGGCUGCUGGAAUCGAAGGUCGAUGCUUGGUAUGCGAACGAUAUGCACGACGCACGCGAUCCGCACGGUACAUACACAUGA